UCGGCUGUGCUGCAGACAGGAAACAGCAUAUUAUUACAGUCAGCGCCUGCCUCUCGACUUCACUGCCGGCAGAAGGAAAUCUGUCCCAGCUCCUCCUCAAGCAGACAGCUAAUCAGCUUGUGGCAAGUGGAACAUAGCUCCAAAAGACUGACCACAGAGGAGACUAAUCCUAUUAAUCACAUGUCAGUCUGUUGAGUUUUUUUCUGAGGGAGUAGGCUGCUGUGAGCGCUAGUUUAGAGGCAGACUGAACGCGAAUGGUACGAGCAGAAAUCUUAGUCUUCUGGACUGAGCGUUGAGGAAAAACUGCACCUGUUCCAGCAUAACAGAUCACCAGGAUACAGAUUCUUUGGACGAACUUGCAUGACUUGAGGCAACGAAGGCUGUGGCAGUUUGAGAAAUACGAACUUGCUGGUGCCUUUGGAGGAGAGCACAUUGUCACCUCUGAGAGGCGGUAUGGAUGCCGUUGUCCAGCUGCACGGAAGCCUGAGAUUAUCACUCCAUGUCGGAAGCUCAUUCUUUGUGCUGAUAACAGAAAAGAGAUGGAAGACUGGAUUGCAGCACUGAAGACUGUACAGAACCGUGAACACUUUGAGUCUACCCAGUACAGCAUGGACCAUUUCUCAGGGAUGCAUAACUGGUACGCCUGCUCACACGCUCGGCCAACGUACUGCAACGUGUGUCGGGAGGCAUUAUCUGGAGUCACGUCACAUGGGCUCUCGUGUGAAGUGUGCAAGUUUAAAGCCCACAAGCGUUGUGCUGUGCGGGCAACCAAUAACUGCAAGUGGACAACUCUGGCCUCUAUCGGGAAGGAUAUCAUUGAGGAUGAAGAUGGGAUCUCGAUGCCACAUCAAUGGUUGGAAGGAAACCUGCCUGUGAGUGCCAAGUGCACUGUGUGCGAUAAAACCUGUGGCAGCGUCCUACGUUUGCAAGACUGGCGCUGCCUCUGGUGCAAAGCCAUGGUACACACAACAUGUAAAGAGUUGUUGCCAACCAAGUGCCCUCUUGGGCUAUGUAAAGUAUCUGUUAUUCCUCCCACUGCUCUCAACAGCAUUGAUUCGGAUGGUUUCUGGAAAGCUACUUGCCCCCCCUCUUGCACAAGCCCUUUGUUGGUCUUUGUCAACUCAAAAAGUGGAGACAACCAGGGUGUAAAGUUUCUGCGAAGAUUCAAACAGCUACUGAAUCCAGCCCAGGUCUUUGACCUCAUGAACGGAGGACCUCACCUUGGUUUACGCUUAUUCCAGAAGUUUGACACUUUCCGGAUUCUAGUUUGCGGUGGGGAUGGAAGUGUUGGCUGGGUUCUCUCCGAAAUUGAUAGCCUCAAUCUUCACAAGCAGUGCCAGCUGGGAGUGCUGCCCUUGGGAACAGGAAAUGACCUUGCCCGUGUGUUAGGCUGGGGAUCUGCUUGCGAUGAUGAUACCCAACUCCCACAGAUCCUGGAGAAGCUGGAGAGAGCCAGUACCAAAAUGCUGGACAGGUGGAGCAUCAUGGUGUAUGAAACCAAACUCCCUCGCCAGGCCUCCACUUCUACAGUCACUGAAGAUUUCAGUGAGGAUUCAGAGGUGCAGAAGAUUCUCUUCUAUGAAGACUCUGUGGCUGCUCAUUUGUCUAAAAUUUUGACUUCUGACCAACACUCAGUGGUCAUCUCCUCAGCCAAGGUGCUUUGUGAGACAGUGAAGGAUUUUGUGGCUCGAGUAGGGAAGGCCUAUGAGAAAGCAACAGAAAGCUCCGAGGAAUCAGAGGUCAUGGCUAGAAAGUGCUCUGUCCUGAAGGAGAAGCUGGACUCCCUGUUGAAGACACUGAACGAUGAAUCUCAAGCAUCUUCAUCUCUGCCAAACCCUCCUCCCACCAUUGCAGAGGAAACAGAAGAUGGUGAUGGGUCAGGCAGUGCUUGUGAUUCUUCUAGUGACCGGUCAGUGGGCUCAUCAUGUACUGCACGGCCCCAGAUAUUUCGCCCCCGGGAACAGCUCAUGUUGAGAGCCAACAGCCUGAAAAAAGCCAUCCGUCAGAUUAUAGAGCAUGCAGAAAAAGCUGUGGAUGAGCAGAAUGCCCAGACCCAGGAGCAAGAGGGCUUCAUCCUCAGUCUCUCGACCUCUGAAGAGGGCAAGGAGCUGAGGAACGAGGACAAAAUCUCCCUGCAGUCAUCACACAGCGGCGGCUACGGAGUGCCCAAAGGGAGGAGCCAGCGGAAAGUGUCCAAGUCUCCUUGCGAAAGACUAAUAAACAAAGGAAGUUUGUCGCUGGGCAGCUCUGCGUCUCUUCCUCCCCAGACAGGAAACCGGGACAACUUGCCAAUGCUGAACACAAAGAUCAUCUACCCGAAUAUCCGUGCUGGCAUGUCUGGCUCUUUGCCUGGGAGCUCUGUCAUCAGCCGGUUAUUGAUUCAUGCUGAUCCCUUUAACUCUGAGCCUGAAAAUCUUGAAUGUUACACAGAGAAAUGUGUCAUGAAUAAUUACUUUGGAAUUGGACUGGAUGCAAAGAUUUCUCUGGACUUCAACAACAAACGUGAUGAGCACCCAGAGAAAUGCAGAAGUCGUACUAAAAACAUGAUGUGGUACGGAGUAUUAGGGACAAAGGAGCUGCUACACAGAACAUAUAAAAACCUGGAGCAGAAAGUCUUGCUGGAGUGUGAUGGGAGGCCGAUCCCUUUGCCCAGUCUCCAGGGAAUCGCUGUACUCAACAUUCCCAGCUACGCAGGAGGCACAAACUUCUGGGGGGGUACCAAGGAAGAUGAUACAUUUACAGCCCCCUCCUUUGAUGACAAGAUUUUGGAGGUGGUAGCAGUGUUUGGUAGCAUGCAGAUGGCAGUGUCACGAGUGAUAAAUCUGCAGCAUCACCGGAUUGCACAGUGUCGGACUGUGAAGAUAGCAAUCCUGGGAGAAGAGGGAGUUCCUGUACAAGUGGAUGGAGAAGCCUGGAUCCAACCUCCAGGUUAUAUUUGGAUUGUUCACAAGAACAGGGCACAGACACUGACCCGAGAUAGGGCAUUUGAGAGCACCCUGAAGUCCUGGGAGGACAAACAGAAGUGUGAGUUGUCCCGACCCUCCUCUUUCUCUCUGCAACCAGAGAUCAUGUCUGAAGAAGAGUCUACCCAGAUCAACCGGUUUGGCCAGGCUGCAGGUGCUCUGAUCCACAGCAUUCGGGAAAUAGCACAAUCCUAUCAGGACAUGGAACAGGAGCUUGCCCAUGCUGUCAAUGCCAGCUCCAAGUCUAUGGACAAAGUCUACGCUAAAUCCAAGUCUACAGAGGGUCUGAACUGCAGCCUUGUUGUGGAGAUGGUGAAUAAUGUCAAAGCCCUGCAUAAUGAGACAGAGCUGCUGCUGGCAGGCAAGAUGGCACUGCAAUUGGAUCCUCCACAGAAGGAGCAGCUCCAAGCCGCCCUGGCAGACAUGGACCUCCAGCUGAGGAAGCUGGCAGACAUCCCUUGGCUGUGGCAGCUCAUGGAGCCCUGUGAUGAGGAGAACCAGAUGCUGGAUUAUUCUAAACGCAGCCGCAGUGGCAAAUUUCGGCUGGUGACCAAGUUUAAAAAGGAGAAGAACAACAAAAAUAAGGAGACUCAUAGUAGCAUGGGAUUGCCGGUUCACCUAUGGGGAACGGAGGAGGUUGCGGCCUGGCUUGAGCAUCUCAGUCUUUGUGAGUAUAAGGAUAUCUUCAUCCGGCAUGACGUCCGGGGCUCUGAGCUCCUGCACCUCGAACGGAGGGACCUCAAGGACCUGGGGGUGACCAAAGUAGGUCACAUGAAGAGGAUACUGCACGGGAUCAAGGAGCUGAGCCGGAAUACUCCUGCCAGCGAGGGUUAGCCUCUGUUUUCACAGCCUGUGUCUACCAUUCCCGGUAACUGCACGGCAGUCACCUCACAGAGCAGAUGUGCUCACAACUGUCCCUCCUGAACAGCCAAACUGUAGCUGUUCAGAGCUCAUAUCAACCAAGCAUGGUGCUACCUUUUUUUCCUGUGGGGUACAGCUGCACCCAGUCGAGAGGCACCUUAUCUGCAUACCCGCGGAGCCUCCUGGAGGAGAACUCACUUGUUGGAAGAACCAUGUCCUUGGACGUGGGAAGUUCUGGUUCCAGUGACAGUGCAGGACUCCUGAGAAUUGCAACACAGCUACCUUUACUGGAUAAUUUCAUCACAGUAGAAUUAUUCAGUGCAAAAGAUAUAUUGGCCAGUCUUAGUUCAGGAGCAUCUGGCAGUCUUUUCAGACCCAAAACUUUCCCACUCUUCUGUAUGUCACACCUGUUUCUUAAGAGUGCUUAAGGUGGACAAAGCUUGUCCUUGUGUCUUACCGUAAUCCCCUCCUUAACGCACCUGUAAUUGCAUGUGAUUUGCAUCAGAAAUUCAAAGCCAGUGCCGACCUCCUCUUGCCGAUGAAUACCCAGUGAAUCUCUCUCACUUAUGCCUUGCAACAAACAAUGCAUGUGGUUAAAAUAGCCUUUUGCACCAGCACGUGGUCUUCCGCUGGGCCUGGCUCUCUUCUCUUUUGGCCGGUGGCAAUGGUACAACCUCUAGAUUUUCAGGCAUUGCAAACAAGGGAUCAGAAAUUCUUGACGGUAAGAAAGGACAAAAUUCUGGAGAGCCAGAAGAUUACAGGAAAGCAGCUCUGACAUUCCCCCUUCUCAAUUCAUCUUCAGAAGACCACGUGAAAGGGAGAGGAACGCUAACUAGCUGUUUGGGCCAUGCCAGAAGUGUAACGUAAUAAACGAAGAUAAGAAACAACUCUCUCUGCCUUGAUGGAGGGAAGCAGCAUGACUGGCAACAGCAAGGAGCAGCAUGCUGUCCGUUUUGCGCCACCAUCCUGGCCCCAAAUAGCAGAGCUGUUGCUGUGCUUCAACUUGUAGUGCAGAAAAUUACUUUUGUCGCAAAUGAUACAAUCUAUCCGUAUUUUUGCAUCUUUUCGCCUGUCUUGGUUCUUGUGGCUCUUCCUCCUUGCUUUUCUCUCUCUUGCUGCCUUGCUCCUUCAGGGUAGCUCAGUCCUCCUGGGUUGGACUCCAUCAGAGAGAUCAAGCAUUGGGGAACGUCAGGGCUCCCGCAAGAGCACUGAGGGAAGGAGGAUUGUUAGAGCGGAUGAGCAUCAUGAUGAAAACCUGGGGCGUGUUGGUAAAUAGUCUGUGGUGCCACCAACAGUGAAGUAUGGAAAAAUCAGUGCCUCUGAAUCAGAGUUCCUAGACGGCCUUCAAAUUUCCACUGUAUUGCCUGACCCAAGCUGGGUGACUGUUAAAGCCCAGAGACCAGCGUGCAUAGUUACACUGCCGUGUUUCUCGCUCCAGAGAGAGUUCAGGGGCUUUCAGUGCUUUAAAGCUUGGAGAGACAGCAGGAGUGUUUAAUUACUUGGUAGUUUUGUAUGUAUUUAUUUUUUAUUAUGAUUAUUAGAGCGUCCUUUGUCUGGCUGUGAAUGCAGACAGAGAAAUGGCCAUGUAUAGAGUGGCAUAAAAGCUAAUUCCCUGAGAACAUCUUUUUUCUUUGUUAUUUGCAAGGAUUUUACCAAGCUGACGUCAGCUCUGUAGUAUAACAACGGUCAGUCAAAGGUAUUUUAUGUAAAGGCUCAUCUGCUUCAGAAAAUUUUGGGGGCUGGUUUCAUCCUGGGUAAGCUCCAUCGCAUUCUUGAAGAUUUCACCAAGGAUUAUCCUGACUCUCUCUCUCUGUUUUUAACUAGUUGCCAUUUGCCUACGUGUCUCCUCUUGGCCUAGCAACUGGCAGGGUUUGCUCAUGGGUAGUUAACAGAAGACUAAUGUGUUUGAUUGGUCUAGCAAAUAUUCUGGUAUAAACGCCACGAGAAGUGAGCAAGAAAAGUGUUCAGCUUUGCCCUGAGUUUAUUCCUUCUCUCUGUACCUUAGCGAUUGCUUCCAUAGCCCUCUUUGUUUUUCUUUAUCAGUGCAGAACCCCCUCACUGUAUUGAAUUCCUGGGGUGUUAGACAAGUAAGAAUUGUAAGCGUAGAGUAUUUUCCCGCGUGCUUGUUGAGACGCUGAUCAGCGUCUGCAUGGGACUGAGGAGAAGCCUCUGCUUAAGGAGACUCCAGGCGGUAGCCACCGUCAAUGGGAACAAGGAGUUGCCGCUGCUCCCGGCCCCCGGGAGCGUAGGACACACGUGUGCGCCCGCUCGGGAGAGCGUGGCAGGGAGCACGAGGCAGGGGAGAGCUCUGGAGAAGGGGUGCGAUCUGUGUGCGAUCCUUGACGCUGCGAAGGAAACGCAGUUCUUGCUGUGAAGCUUCUCCGGGGGAACCUCCUGACUUAAACGUGCAUAAACAAUACGCACUUGCCUUGCUUGAUUAUUCCUGGGGAAUUUAAUUCUUGCCUCAGUAGAAACAGCUCCUCUCUACUCUCCCUGCGCCGAGAGACAGGGGAAUCGAAAGAGCUCUUACGUUCAGGCGUUCCUUAAUCCGUGCCGUAUCCGAAGAGGACUGAAGGUCGUUAGCCAUCUGCUCUAGGUGAUGAUUUCUGCGCAGACCAAUCUUCGUUUCUUUUGCUGUCUGCCGUGUUGGUAUGUUCACAAUCCUUUUUUGUGCAUGUGCACGUUUUUCCAAACGUUCGUAGCCAGUGUAUUUCUGUCUACCGCUGACCGAAGGCGGGAGGGGAGGGAGGUUCUACCUUCUUUAAAGAGCUAGAAAGUGGGAUCUAUAAUUAACCUGAGUGCCUUUGAAUCUGUAUUAAGGUUGAUAUCUAACACAAGGGUCGUGGCUCUGUGUGUCUCACUGGGAAGAAUACAGAUUUCUGUUGCGCAGGCUUUAUUUCUGUCAAAUGUCAGCGAGAGCUGUCUGCACAGUCGGGAGCCGGCUUAAACUUCUGGCUGCGUUAUUCCGGCUUGCUCUUCUGGUAGCUGAGAAACUUGAGAAAAACGAUUGGACAGUAAAAAAUCUGCUGCUUUGCCAAAAAAAAGAGGAGACUCUCCUGCAGUCUCAGGUAAAACACCGGCUUGAGAGAAGCUAGAACUGCGCGCGUUGUGUCUGCGCUUAGUCUGUUUAAAAAUGCUACUCGUGUGAAGGCCUUGGGCCACCUUCUGUUUAAUCACCCUUGGCAGUGAUUUGAAAGGAACGGGGCAGUUUCUGCAGCGAGCUGGGCGUAUGGUUUCUUCUGCUAGGAAUAGUUUUCAAUAUGUUAUCCCCUGCUCUGGCCCUACCCUGCAAAUUCACCUUCAAUGGCAGGGUCUGGGGAAGAGCUUACGCUGUGUUACGCUGAUGUGGUUCGGCGGGAUUGCGUGCGAUGGAGACGAGAGGGAGGCUCAGCCCGGGAAGCAGCUGAUGGGGGGCGUUUUGCUCACGGCUGCCUUAGGGAGGGCUCUUAACGCGAUUUUUCUGGUUUAGCUUUUGAGAUCUUUCAGUGGGCGUCAUUCAGCUGCAGCCCCGGCCCGGCCGGCAGCGGAGGGGAGCUGUGCCGCUUGGGGCGCAUUGUCCUGCCGGGCCGCGGAGGAGCCUCCAGCCCUGCCGAGGCCUUGCGUGCCCGUCCUGGGAAUGCUUCUGUCCCCAAAUCGUACGGAAAGUUUUGUUCCUUGUUUUAGUAUUAUUUAAAGAUGUGCAUACUAUCUAUGUGAUUUAAAAAAAAAAAAAAAAGGACUGUUUACACUAACUCUUUUGUAUGUUCAGAUGUGUGUACUGUAAAAAGAAAAGGAAAAAAAAAAGGAAAGGAUGAAAAAUGAUGUUUUUCUACAGCUGUCAGCAGUGACUGUGUGUCUAUAUCAUCGUCCACCAACCGUUGUUCCUCAGGGGUGUCCCCGCCAUUCCUGUGAUCCUGUCAAAACCAGAGGGGAGCAUUUGAAUCCCUGUACAGUCUUGGGAAGAAGGUUUUGUGCCUUAAAAAUGGGACCUGCUUCCCUCCUAUUUAUUAUGUUAAUUUAUACCGUGAUUACCAUGGAAAUGUCUCUUGUAUUUUUUGUACAUAGUUUACUGUUGAUUGUUGUAAAUACGUUUUUCUUGUAUAUAAAGUAAACAUGUUUCUGAGCUUCCAGUAAAGAUUCCCUGUGACUGAU